CAGAUUUAGUGGAAGGAGGGGAGGCAGAGACUGGGGAUGGGAGGAGUGAGCUGUUGGCAGGAGCAAUACACUGGGGUGUCUGCUCUGCAAAAGGGUGGCAACAUCCAGGGCUCCUGGGUCUGAGGCUGGAAGAGCCUCUGGUGUGGUGUGGGGACCAUCAGGUCAGGUCUAGAAGAAAUGUGGGAACUACAUGGGCAUCAGUGCUGGCAUCAGGAGCCCCUACAGCCAGCCCCACUGCUACUAGAGAAGCCUCUGUCUGAGUGGCCAGUUCCUCAGUUCAUCAGCCUCUUUCUACCAGUUUCCCCUGCAGCUGAAGGUAUCCUUGGAACUGUCCUCAAUGUGCUAGAUUGUGCCCAGAAAGCUGUAUUUGCGGUAAAGGUGGUACCCAAAGUAAAAGUCCUACAGAGGGAUAUCCUGAGGCAAUGCAAAGAGGAGGUUAGCAUGCAGUGACAGAUCAACCAUCUUGUACACAGCUUGGGGGACAGCUGGCAGGGGAAAUGAUACCUCUUUAUUAACUUCUGGUGCUUUGCAUUGUGUAUCUACUGCAGUACAGACCUCUACUCUCUGUGGUCUGCUUUUGGUUGUUUUCUGGAGGCUUCUGUUCGUCUUUUUGCAGCUGAGCUCGUCCUUAUGCUAUGCUAUCUCCAUGACUUGGGCAUCAUCCACUGAGAUAUAAAGAUGGAGAAUAUCCUUCUGGAUGAACAAGGCCAUCUGAAACUGACAACGGACUUUGGUCUGUCUUGCCACCUAUCCCAGGGAGCAAGAGCCUAUACUAUCUGUGGCACUCUUCAAUACAUGGCCCCGGAAGUUCUGAAUGGUGGGCCUUACAACCACACUGCUGAUCGGUGGUCCCUGGGAGUACUGCUUUUCUCCCUGGCAACUGGAAAGUUCCCAGUGGUAGCAGAAAGACAUCAUGUGACCAUGUUGGCAAGUGUGACCUACUAUGUUUCUGAGAUCCCAGCUUCUAUUAACCAGGAGCUCUCACUCCUGCUCCAUGAGCUGUUGUGCAAGAACCCUCUCUACCUGCUACGUUAUCUGCAUCACUUCCAGAUCCACCCUUUCUUUCGGGGUGUGGCCUUUGACCCUGAGCUCCUACAGAAGCAGCCAGUGAACUUUGUCAUGGAGAUGCGAGAUACUAGGCCCAGUCCAUUGGAGUCAGUGCCCUUCAAGGAUUUUGACUGUGAUCUGGAGUCCUUCCUGGUCCACUCCAUCUCUGCUUCACCCUCUCUUCUGUAUUAGGAUCCAGCUGGAAACCUGAGGAUCUCCACUGCCAACUCUACGACCAACUUGAAGAUCCAAUUUUUACUUUGUUGUCCUUUACUAUUCUGUUGUAGGUGUUGGAUCAGAGUCGAAACCUUUGACAUUCUGAAACUGAUAGCCAAAACUGGAACUACUGCUUUCCCAUAGUACAAUCCACCUCUCAGUUCAACAUCUCAGUUCAAGUUGGUGGACUUUCUCUUUGCCUCAUUUCUCCAGUACUCUUUCCCUUAAGCUGCCAACUAAAGGAUACUUAUACUCCCCCACUCCCAUUUUUCUACCAUGUUUCCUUUCUUUUGAAGUAGUGUCACUUCAUGGGCUCCCAAGGUGCUAUUUAUGUUUAUAGUCAAAAGCAAUAAGUAGUCAAAAGCAAUAUAAAUGCUUUUCAAAGGUCUCAAAGAGCUGGCAUUUCAACACAUGAAUAAAUAUGCAAUUUUAGAAUAUGAUUUAUGCUGGGUGCGGUAUUGCAUAUCUUUAAUCCCAGUACUCGGGAGGCAGAGGCAGGCAGAUCUCUGUGAG